CCAGCAACCACAGCCACUACCCCAUCAGCUCGCAACAACCACGUUCCUCAAGCCCUCGGCAAGACACGACUGCUUUCCUGCAAGCAAGAGCGCUCCAACAUGGUGGCCGGAGGAAGACAGAUCCUCGGUAUGGCUUUGGCCCUUAUCGGCUUCCUGGGGACCAUCAUCGUCUGCGGCCUCCCCACCUGGAAAGUCACGGCUUUCAUCGGCGCCAACAUCGUCACCUCUCAGAUCAUAUGGGAGGGUUUGUGGAUGAACUGCGUGACUCAGAGCACGGGCCAGAUGCAGUGCAAGGUUUACGAUUCCCUUCUGGAGUUGCCUCAAGACCUGCAGGCCGCCAGAGCCCUGGUGGUCAUUUCCAUCAUCGUUUCAGUCAUCGGGAUCAUGAUGGGCAUAGUGGGCGGCAAGUGCACCAACUUCAUACCAGAUGAAGUCCGAAAGAGCAAAGUGGCCGUCGCUGCAGGUAUCAUCUUUCUCAUCGCGGGCGUCUUGCUCCUCAUCCCGGUUUGCUGGACUGCCAACACAAUCAUUCGGGACUUCUACAACCCAACUCUGAUAAACGCUCAGAAGAGGGAACUGGGGGCCUCCCUCUACAUCGGCUGGGGCGCUUCUGGGCUUCUCUUCAUCGGCGGUGGGCUCCUCUGCAGCUCCUGCCCCCCCAAGGACGACGACUACGACGUUAGGUACUCCAAGGCUCAGUCCGCGGUCAGCAAAGCCUACGUUUAGACGGGUGAAGAUGAAACAAGACAAGAUUUUAUGAAAGCCUUACGUCCGACUGGUGAAGAUGAGCCAAGUUAUAGCAGGUGAAAUAUUGUGAAGAAACAGACAGAAACUUUGGCAGCAAGAAUGAGUAGAACAUCUGUUGUAGUUUUUAAAGGUUCAUGAUAUGUGGGAGUCAUUUAUUUUGAGAAAUAUGCAGCCAUUUGAUUCUGACUUUAUAAACACAUAUAAAUACAUAAACAUAGAGACAUUGUUUUUUUUUUAUGAUAAAACGUCACAUUCUAUGUUUUAUCCUAUGUUCUUGUAUCCAGUUGUUUUUUUUUUCAAUGUAUAACUCACAACAUUUGUACAGACCAAUCUCUAAUUAUAUAAAAGCUGAUCCUGAUUUUUAACUAUUAUGUCUUUGUGAAUUCAACUGCACAUUAUUUGAUUUUUUUUUUUUCACUCUGUAUAAUUAAAACUAAAGUCAAGUGUU